AAUACAUCAAAGCAAUGGCCGCCGAAGUAAUCGCUUCCGAUAUCAAUGACAUAAACAUCGGAUCAAAUGUUGACGGCUUGGACUCCGAAGAAGAAAAUUCGGAGAUAUACUGGUCUGAAGAGGAAGAAUACGUUUGUUUGAGUUAUCGUACAGUCGAUGAUAACAACCAAUUGAAUGCCAAACCUCUUCUGACAUCAGAUUUAUAUCUCUUUGAUCCGCUUCUAAGCAAUGAAUCAAUUGCUAAGAGUUGUUCACCACGUGAUGGACAGUCACCGACACAAGUAAUCGCUAAUCUCAUCGUUGAUGAACCAAAGACUGCAUUCGCACAACAAUUUAUUAAUCAAUCUGAAGACACGGUAUUAAUAGACAUUAAGACACCCGAUAAGGAUAUCAACACUGGAUUCGUUGAGCCAAUGAUACGCCAAUAUCACAAGUGUUUGAGCGAUGCGUUCAAUAAUCCAAUGGUGUCUGACAUGAGGUUUAUUGUGGAAAAUAAAUCCAUUUAUUGUAAUAAAACAAUACUUAAGAUUCGGUGCAAAGAAUUUUGGCAAAUCUGUGACCAGAAUAUGAUUAUUGAGAAUGAGAUCCCAAUUAAUGCCUAUUCUUACGAUACGUUUAACGCAUUUCUGAUGUAUUUGUAUGGUUUGCGACCCGAAGUGAAUGACCAGAACUGUACGGAACUGUUAAAGUUGGCCAAAGAGUACGAUCAACGAGAACUCAAAGACAUUUGUUUCCAAUAUCUCAUGAAAUAUGUGCCGUGA